UUUUUUUAUUCGUAUAAUGUCAAUUUAAUUUUACUAAACUCAAACUCCUUCAUCUGAUGUGACUUCCAAUAUUGUCUAAAAUGGCUUUCAAACUACCAUUUAGAGUAUGGAUUGGUGUGGUAAUCUUCAUGACGACUUUCACCAAUUAUGUACUGAGAGUGAAUAUAUCGAUUAGCGCUUUGGCAAUGUCUACACCACGACAAGUCACUGAAUCCGAUGAUAGACCUACAGUGGCGCCUUCCGAAUGUCUCCCCGACACCACCAAAACUACCAAAACAAGAGAAGCGGGGGACGAAGGUUUUUUCGCAAAGGCGGAAUGGUCCGAAACAGAGCAGGGGCAGGUUUUAGCUGGUUACGGAUACGGUUACAUUAUAUCAUCGAUACCUGGGGGGUUUUUCGCAGAGUAUUUUGGUCCAUGGAAGACUAUAGUGUGGUCCAUGUUGAUCUCGAUUAUCGCCACAUUUCUGUGUAUACCAGCAAAUUUAGUUCAUUGGUCGGUUGUUAUGGUAAUGCGGGUUAUUCUUGGAUUGAUGGGGGGAUUGCACUAUCCGGCUUUGCAGAACUUGAUAGCCCGUUGGGCGCCGCCAAAGGAAAAAGGCAAAUUCAUGAGUGCGAUGUUUGGCAACACAAUGGGAACGGUUAUGACUUUUGCUGUCGUUGGUGCUAUUUCCGAUGUGGCAAAUUGGGCUUGGGGAUUCGUUUUCGUCGGUGGAUUCACCAUAUUUUAUUUGAUAUUUGUCGCCAUCGUAUUAGCCGAUAGUCCAGACCAAAGUCGUUGGUGUUCCGAUGAGGAGAAGGAGUUUCUUCGAUCUGAAAUUCCUCCACCCCGUGCAAAGUUGGUCGCUCCUUAUAAAAAGAUAUUUACUUCGAUUCCCUUUUGGGGUUUGGCGAUUUGCCAUUUCGCUAAUCUUUGGGGAUUAUUCAUAUUAUUAAUAACUGUGCCGAAGUUCUUCAAGGAUUAUUUAGACUUUUCUCUAAAAGAGUCAGGAGCACUUUCGGCUAUGCCACACAUUUGCAGAUUGUUCGCUGGAUUUUUGUACGGAAGCAUCAAUGAUUUUUUCACGAAAAGAGCAUUUUGUUCCAUGACCAUACAAAGAAAAUGUUUUGUCAUAGUGUCUCACGUAAUGCCUGGAUUAUGCCUAAUAAUGAUGAUGUUCCUAAACUGCGAUUCUAGAAUUGGCACAGCCCUUCUUUGCAUGACAUUAUUCUUCAACGCGGCCGUUAUUUGCACUACAAUCUAUAAUCCUCAAGAUUUGGCGCCCAAUUUCGCUGCUACUGUUUAUGGAAUUAUCAGUACCAUUGGGGGUAUAUCUCAAUUUUUGGUUCCAGUUUCUUCUGCUGUUAUGACAAAAUCUGGAAAUACAAUGGAUCAGUGGAGAUGGGUUUUCGUAUUGGCCGGAGCUAUUUUUAUGGUUGGGGCGACGGCUUUCAUUAUUCUUGGCUCAACUAAUAGACAGUCUUGGAACGAACCAGAACAAAAGGAUGCUUAAAGCAAAAUUAACAGUUUUUUGAAUGGAAAUAAUUUAUUAUAUGAUCACAUUUACAAUAUUAUUGAAAUAUACAUAUA